AGCAGGAGAUGGGGCAGAAAGAUAGAUGUUCUGCUGCCCCCGCUAAACCCAACUUACUCUCCAGCAAUCGUUCAUUUUUCCAUAAACCCUACAAUUGUUCGCAAAAUCCUCGGACAGUUUAUUGUUCAUGACUUGUAAAAUUGCAUCACCAACAAAGAAGCUCGUUGUGUGUUGCAACUGAAUGUUUUGCGCCGAUUUGCAGGCAGAAGCUGGUGAAGAGGUGUGGGGGAGUGGGUGGGUGUGACGACGAAACUGGAUUGGAGUAGAUAAGGCUAAUGUAAUUCGGUGUGGAGGAAGUUUUGCACGAAGUGUGGAUUGAAGCCAUCGCUUGCGUGCCAGGAUAGUGAGAUAGUGUCUUUUUGCAGUUGGGUUUUCAUGGAUGGGGUUGUAGAUUACAGAUUUAGGCAGUGAAGGAGAAGGAUUAUCUGAAGGAUUUUUAUUUGUAUUCAGUUUUUGCUUAGAGGAAGGGUGGUAGUAUGGCUGCCUCGCUGAUUUCUUCCUCUUCGUGCUACUCUUCACCCAAAACUCUACUUCACCCUUGCGGUUCAUCCUCCUCUCCCUCUUUGCCCACGCUCCUUCGUUCUGUCCGCUCCUCCUCUCACUCACAUACAUCGUCGAAAUUAGUUUUCUGUGCUUCGUUAAAAUCUUACCAUCAUCCUUUGAGACAUUUCCAGCGUCAAGUUCCGAGACCGGUCUUUCGCACCUCAGUCUCAGGCCGGAACAGGAGUUUCCAUGGUAUUGAUAGGGACAUACAGGUGCACAGACGAAGGCAGAAGCGAGGAAUAUCUACAUGUAAAGUCGCCAGUGAUGCCCUUGCUUCAGAUGUCAAAGCCUAUGAUGCAGGCCAAAUCCAGGUUCUUGAGGGAUUGGAGGCAGUUCGUAAGCGUCCGGGAAUGUACAUUGGCAGCACAGGAGCGAAGGGUCUCCAUCAUCUGGUUUAUGAAGUUCUUGAUAACGCAAUUGAUGAGGCGCAAGCAGGAUUCGCUUCUACGGUGGACAUAGUAAUGCAUACUGAUGGUUCUGUCAGUAUUUCAGACAAUGGACGUGGGAUUCCUACGGAUGUGCACCCGGUAACAGGAAAGUCCGCGCUAGAGACUGUUCUUACGGUUUUACAUGCAGGCGGUAAGUUUGGAGGGGACAACAGCGGCUACAGCGUCUCUGGUGGGUUGCACGGUGUCGGCAUCUCAGUCGUGAAUGCUCUUUCCGAGAGAGUAGACGUAACAGUGUGGCGCAAUGGCCACGAAUACAAGCAGUCUUUUGAAUUUGGUAAAUCUGUGUCACAUCUCAGCGGCUCUCGGCUUCCGAGGGACCAGAAAGGACGUACAGGCACGCUUGUGAAAUUCCUUCCGGACAAGCAAGUGUUCACCUCGACAACUGAAUUCGAUUACAGCACCAUUUCAGGACGUACCCGCGAACUUGCAUUUCUAAAUCCCCAGGUUACUAUUUACUUGAAACAAGACCAUGCAAAUCCAGAGAAAAUUCGCUCUAACACAUAUCACUUUUCUGGAGGUCUUUCUGAGUAUGUGCUGUGGCUUAACAAUGAUAAGGAGCGUUUGCAUGAACCGAUAUCAAUUCACAGGAAGAAAGAGGGCAUUAUAAUUGAUGUAUCGUUGCAAUGGUGUGCUGAUUCAUAUACCGACACCAUCAUUGGAUAUGCUAAUAGCAUUCGCACCUCUGACGGUGGUACUCACCUGGAUGGAAUAAAGGCUGCUGUUACUCGUACCCUUAAUACUCUUGGUAGAAAAGCAAAAAUAUUGAAGGAGAAGGAUGAAAAUUUAUCAGGAGACCACGCUAGGGAAGGUCUGACUUGUGUUGUUUCAGUGAAGGUUCCUAAUCCAGAGUUUGAGGGACAAACUAAGACACGACUAGGAAAUCCAGAAGUAAGACGACUUGUUGACCAAGCAGUCCAGGAGCUGGUGACAGAGUACUUGGAACAGCAUCCUAACACUCUCGAGGCUAUACUGUCCAAGGCUCUUCAGGCCUUCAGGGCAGCAAUGGCUGCAAAGAAAGCCAGGGAGCUAGUUAGACGAAAGAAUGUUCUUAAGUCGUCCAUGCUUCCAGGAAAACUUUCUGAUUGUUCCUGCACAGAUCCCAAGAAUUCUGAAAUUUUUAUUGUGGAGGGAGAUUCUGCUGGAGGUAGUGCCAAACAAGGUCGCGAUCGCCGUUACCAGGCAAUAUUACCACUAAGAGGAAAAAUUUUGAACAUUGAGCGCAAAGAUGAUGCUGCCAUUUACAAGAAUCAGGAGAUCCAGAAUUUGAUUCUGGCAUUAGGACUUGGUGUGAAGGGUGAGGAGUUUAGCAAGGAUUUGUUGCGGUAUCAUAAGAUAAUUAUUUUGACGGAUGCGGACGUGGAUGGUGCUCAUAUCCGCACCUUACUUCUAACAUUCUUCUUCAGAUACCAGAGAGCUCUUUUCGAGUCUGGAUGUAUCUAUGUUGGAGUACCACCACUUUACAAGGUGGAAAGAGGGAAACAAGCCCAUUAUUGUUUUAACGAGGCUGAUUUGAAGAACUUGUUGAAAACUUUUCCUAGCAAUGCGUCAUAUAACAUUCAACGAUUUAAAGGGUUAGGAGAGAUGAUGCCACAACAAUUGUGGGAAACCACUCUGGAUCCUACGCAACGUAUGUUGAAGCUUCUAACAUUAGAGGAUGCUGCUGAAGCUAGCAUGAUGUUUUCUACUCUCAUGGGAGAUAAGGUGGAGCCUCGAAAAGAGCUGAUUCAAAAUAACGCAUCACGGAUGAAACUAGAGAAUCUCGAUCUAUAGUACACAUUAUUUGGUCACACUCGGGAAGCAUAAGAUUAAAACGACCUUGUGUUUCCCCUCUGUACAAGUUCCCUUUUAUUUUUUUUAUUUUUUUUUUUAAAUUGAUGAUUUCUGGAUAUGCAAUGCCUAUCGAUACUUACGCACAAUCUCGGAUUAUUCUUACUGUUGCAUGUCAAAGUUACUUUCAUGUUUCUGAACAGAGCUUGAAUGUUUUUCAGUCAA